AUGUGUGUGGGAAAGUCAGCGGCAGAAAAGUUUUUGUUUAAGAAGAAGACUAAAGAGAACACUUGGAGCGGAGGAGAAGUUAGCGGGGGUAGUGAAGGAAGCCAAGUGCGUCUCAAAGGCAGCGCUGGAGUGCCUGAAGGACUCGAUAAAAGGAAUCAGAGGAUCUGCUUCAGCGCUGUGAUUGAAUAUGAGAUAAAAGGAUCAAGUGGCAGCAAAAGGAUCAAGUGGCAGCAAAAGGAUCAAGUGGCAGCAAAAGGAUCAAGUGGCAGCAAAAGGAUUAAGUGGCAGCAAAAGGAUCAAGUGGCAGCAAAAGGAUUAAGUGGUAGCAAAAGGAUCAAGUGGCAGCAAAAGGAUCAAGUGGUAGCAAAAGGAUCAAGUGGCAGCAAAGCAGGAUCAAGUGGCAGCAAAAGGAUCAAGUGUCAAAAGGAUCAAGUGGCAGCAAAAGGAUCAAGUGACAGCAAAAGGAUUAAGUGGCAGCAAAGGGAUCAUGUGGUAGUAAAAGGAUCAAGUGGCAGCAAAAGGAUCAAGUGGCAGCAAAAGGAUCAAGUGGCAGCAAAAGGAUCAAGUGGCAGCAAAAGGAUUAAGUGGCAGCAAAAGGAUCAAGUGGCAGCAAAAGGAUUAAGUGGUAGCAAAAGGAUCAAGUGGCAGCAAAAGGAUCAAGUGGUAGCAAAAGGAUCAAGUGGCAGCAAAAGGAUCAAGUGGCAGCAAAGGAUCGUAACUGGCAGCAAAGGAUCAUGUGGUAGCAAAAGGAUCAAGUGGCAGCAAAAGGAUUAA